AUGAUUGACACGUCGGUAGUGAACGAAAGCCUGCAAAAUGCGUCCGAAUUCGCAAAACGUUUUCCUUCCGAAUCAGAAGGCAUCGCAUUGUGCAGCGUCUUCAUGUUAUCUUCUGUCCUAAUCAUUGCAGGAAACUUGCUCGCUCUUGUUCUCUUUGCGGUCACCAAAGCACUUCGUAGGAAAAGUUUAUUCCUAGUUAUGAACAUGGCGUUUGCUGAUUUGAUGUUGGGAACCUUCUCUGUACCCUUUUACAUUUACUUCGUUGGAUAUGACUAUCAGCUUUGGACAGCAAAAUCCAGCUUUCAUCCAAUGGUCUUCAGAUGCAUCGAUGCCAUUUUUUUGUUUGGUUCAUAUCUAUCUGCAGCCUUCAUAUCCUGUGAGAGAUUUUAUGCAGUAUAUUGGCCGUUUCACCACCGGUCACUGUCCACCAGAACAUACUGCAUCGCCAUUUUCAUUCUCUGGACACUCGCUGUCUUGCUGCCUUCAUUUAUAACUCUGUUAAUUGUCUUUAGUUCAUUUGAAUCUGCUUUUUACGUGACUGUCUACGUCCAAGGAUGUCUUACAAUCAUAGUAUGUGUCUGUAACAUUGGGAUCUGGAGAAAUUCU